CCCUAACCGAUGGUCUGCACUGUGCUGCUGUGUGCUCGGUCUUUCCCCUCCAGGCUGCCAGCGGUCUGGAGAGAGGCGGCCAGGCUGGAAGUGCGACUGCAACAUCGGAGCGAAACCUCCUGGGAGCCACGGGGAGCUCUGUCUGUCCGGGCGAGCGCUCCUCUCCGCCGGUUCUGCUCUUCUGCAUCCGACCUGGUGGUUGUUUCUUUUCUCCUGGGCUGGAGGAGGAAUAUCCCCUGGCUGAUUUUAUUUCCUCACAACCCUGAGGUGUGUGUGUGUGUGUGUGUGUGGGGAACAAACGAAAAGAGGAGGGGGGUGGGUGGAUAUUCCUUAAAAAAAAGUUUGCGAGCUCCGCGUCCUCAUCACCUUCAUCCUCGUGGAAAUGUAGACUCACCCCGGCGCCAGAAUGGUGUGGGGGUAGUUCUGUGCAGUGGGAGCACUUUUGUCCCCCCCCCACAAAAAAAAGGGUGAAGGUGGCACGGACACAGUUGGGAAAACUUUCCGUUGGUGUCGGGCGGAAGAGCGAGGCGGCCACUGGGCUGGAGCUUUACGCACGAUCUUUGCGCACACGGAUUUGGAGCAAAAAAAUCCAAGAUGCGCGCGCUGAGCACGUCGCACGGAUGCAGCCGCGCGGAGAUCCGAGAGGGAGCGCAGAAGUUCGGCAUGAUGCAUUUGCUCGUGCUGCUCGCGGUCGUGCUGUGCUGCCAGGGCUGCCCGGAGCGAUGCUUGUGCUCCUCGCAGACCGUGAAGUGCCAAAAUCAGGACUUGGACGAGAUUCCCAGCUCCCUGCCGGCGAACACAAAGAUUCUGUUCGUCACGGGGAACAACAUUUCCCGCGUGGGCGUGGAUUCUUUCCCGACUGGCCUGGAGAUGUUGACGGACCUCUACCUCAGUGGGAACGAGUUGGAGUCGGUGGGCGCGAUGGCGUUCGACCGCUUGCCAAACCUUGUGCGCCUGGACCUGAGCGACAACCACAUCCAGACCUUCGGCGAGAGAGCUUUCCCCGAAGACAACAAACUGCAGCUGCUGAACCUCAGCAGGUCGUUUCACAACCACUCCUCCUCCGCGGACGUGGUCCGGAGCGUCCUGCAGAGUGGGAAGCUCCUCGCCCUGAAAGUCCUGGACCUGUCCCACAACGACCUUGUGAUCCUCCCAGACGACGCGUUCCGGGGCCUCGCCAACCUGGUCAACGUCAGCCUGCAGAACAGCUCCAUCAUCUCCAUCCAGAACGGCACGCUGACGGCGCCCCCGCUGCGUGACCUUGACCUGAGGGACAACGGCCUGAGGUAUCUGCCCGCCGCCACCCUGGCGGAGUUCAGCCUCAAGGCCGGUCUGCGCGUCUGGCUGGCGGGGAACCCCUGGCGCUGCGACUGCUUCGCCGAGGAGAUGCUGCCGUGGCUGAAGAACUCCUCGCAGGCGGUCGACGCGCAGAACCUGACCUGCGCCGAACCCGGGGCCCUGAGGCGCCAGCCGCUGCUGCAGGUGGAGCCGUCGCAGCUGAAGUGUUCGGGCGACAUGGAGGGCGUGCUGGAGACGUCCUACGUCUUCUUGGGGCUGGUGCUGGCGCUGAUCGGUGUCAUAUUCCUGCUGGUGCUCUACCUGAACAGGAAGGGCAUCAAGCGCUGGAUGUACAACAUCCGGGACGCUUGCAGGGACCACAUGGAGGGGUACCACUACAGGUACGAGAUCAACUCUGACCCGCGUCUGGCCAACCUGAGCAUCAAUUCAGAUGUGUGAUCCGAGACGGGACAAUGUCCGGUCACCCUGCAAGUGAGAUAUGAAAUGAACUUAAACUAUUAAGAAUUGCAUGAAAGUCUUCCUCCCCCGUCUCCUUCCCCCCCCCCCCCCCAAUUAUGCUAUUCAGAUUUUUUUUACAUCUGUCGUCUGACUCCUUAACCUCACAACCUCCAUUCAGCCACUGCCGCAUGUCCUCCACAAGUUACUGUGCGAGGAAGCCGUGACAUCAACUGCGUCUCUUCCGUGUGACUCUGCAUGGACCACGAAUCGUGACAAAGGGUUGUUUUUUUCUUUUGGCGGAGAGUGACACGUUCUGUUUUCACUUUUCCCAAAGGAUAAACGGACCGAGUGCAUUGACUUUUCAGUGAAAGAAAAUCCUGGUUGUCACAUCCUCCUCAAUAAGCCUCUGCUGCAGAGAAACGCUAUGCUGCUUGUUUAUAAGGUUUUUUUUCAUAUGUGAACUUGUGAUAUAUAUAUAUAUAUAUAUAUAUAUAUAUAUAUAUAGGGUAUGUCAUUUAUUUUAUUUCUGAAUGAUUAUAGUGCAGAUUGCAUCGUUUUUGGAAUUAGUAGGUUGGAUGUGAUUGCUCUCUUCUUUUUUUUCCUGUGAAGAUAUUCGGCUAAAUAAAAUGCUUCUGGAUUGAUGGGA